CUAACGUAUAUUAUUACUAUUGUUUGUCUUGUAUUGGCAGUAUUUGUUUUGCAUGUAUAAAAUAAUUAAAUAGACGAAUCUGCCUGGCCACAAAAUGUUAUAUUUAGUGUAAUAUAUCUUAUCAACCGGUAGAGGGCGCACUUUCCAGAGUGAAUCAGUUUUAUACCUCAGUGAUCGCAACUGCAGCUACUCAUACUUGCUCCUUUCCGCGCUUUGUUUCGUGGAUCAGCUGUGCAUGGAUCUAAAACCCCACCCGAUUAGGAAGGAACGAAGGGGGAAAAAGCAAUAAUGACCGCAAGAAAAUAAGAGGCUUUAAAAACAAUUAACAUUCUGUAAGGCGUCUAAUCAAAAACAUCGCCGUUUAUAUUGCGACCAUUGAGGACUGAAACGGGUCACAUCUUCGCAUUCCUCCCAUCUGAUAGCGGCGGCGGCGAAGACAUCCAGUCAGUUGAUAUUUUGCUACCAUAGCCACACUCUCAAGAUGAUAGCCCUUUUUAACAAGCUGUUGGACUGGUUUAAACAGCUAUUUUGGAAGGAGGAGAUGGAGUUGACACUGGUCGGUCUGCAGUAUUCGGGGAAAACCACCUUCGUCAACGUAAUAGCGUCAGGACAGUUCAGUGAGGACAUGAUCCCUACAGUGGGCUUCAACAUGAGGAAGAUCACCAAGGGCAACGUCACCAUUAAGCUGUGGGAUAUCGGGGGUCAGCCUCGAUUCCGGAGCAUGUGGGAGAGAUACUGCAGAGGAGUCAGUGCCAUUGUUUACAUGGUCGACGCUGCAGACCCAGAGAAGAUUGAGGCCUCGAAGAAUGAACUACACAACCUCCUAGACAAACCCCAGCUACAGGGGAUCCCAGUACUGGUUUUGGGGAACAAAAGAGAUAUUACGGGUGCCUUGGAUGAGAAGGAGCUGAUUGAAAGGAUGAACCUGUCAGCCAUCCAGGACAGAGAGAUCUGCUGUUACUCAAUCUCCUGCAAGGAAAAAGACAACAUUGAUAUCACACUACAGUGGCUGAUCCAGCAUUCCAGAACCAGGAGGACAACAACAUGAGGCCUCAACUUACUGGAUGACCCCCCCCCCCCUCUCCCCUGCAGGACCACAACUCCAAGACCAACCGUACCCCUCCUUCUCAUCUGCUCUCUCCUCUCCCCCUCCUUUCCCUCUGCUCCUCCCUUCUCUCAUCGCUCUGGUUCUAUUUCUAGUCCCUUCGUUUCACUCCUACCCUCUUGGUAUACACAGAUCUGAGAGGAUUGGAUAGGUGUGAGCAAUAUGGCCGAAUAUGGAGCCAUCACCACAAUGCUUCUAAAUAUCCAAUCUUCUCGGAUCUGCGUACAUGGAAUGAGUAGAGGCUAAGAGAAGGGGCUGUCCUGUCAUCUUCAGCUCACCUUCCUUUUUUUUAUUUCCUUCCUUCCUUUUUUUUGCUAUCUGAGAUCCCUACAUUUUACUCUUUAAAAACACCUGUCCCCCCCUAUCUGAUUCUGUUCUUGUAAAGAGUGUGAAAAAUUAUGAUUUGCACUGUUUGAAUUGUUUUGGUAUGCAUUUUUUACACCGUGUACUUCAGGCCGGAUAAUGUUGACUCUUGACAGUCAGCCACUGAGUAGUUAUUGUUUGCAUUGACUGUUGUUUAUUUUGUUAUAUAUAUAUACUAUAAUUGUACAGUGUGGGUCUGAUUGGAUGAGAUUUUGGUCAAUGAGGUAAUAUAUUUUCACUUGCUCAAAUUAAUCAUGUUAGCCUAUCAUUCAAAGUUAAAACUACUCACACAGACACUCACUCAUUCUGUCGACUAACCUGUCGCUUCACAGCUGUUCCCAUAGCAACGUGGUGGCCAUUUUGGCUCUUAACCUGAUGAGGUGAUCAGCUCUGACCAAUUAUUUGUUGAGAUUUAUUGGACACAGUCAUUUCUCCUUUCUCUUGCAUGUUUAACCAAACUGAAAGGAAAAGCAUUCCACUACAAUCUGAAGGAUAUAUAUACGUUCAAUACAUAGGUCAGCUCACAAGUUAGCGAAACUGAGAUGUCAUAUAUAUAUAUAUGACAUUACAGAACAUUUUUCCAUGUUGAUGCAACAUAAAUCAAUAAAGUUUCACGCAGGUUCGAUAUCCUUGACAAUAAGUAAACCGAUGUGACGGUCUUAAGCAAACAUGUUCACCUUAGUGCUGCUUUUCAAACCGCUUUUCUCAUAUCACAGUCCAAGUCUGUUCCAAUUCUAAAUGCAAAAACAAUGUAAUAUAAGAUUUGAUACCGUGUUAUUUGGGGUAGAUUUGGACCCUGCUUUGAGUUGUACAUAUUCUCACCAACAUCAGUUUGCAACAUUUUACUUGAUCCCUCCUUUGGAAAGUCCUACAUGACACUGUCAUAACAGUGACAUAAGUUAUGUCAAACAGUCAUGUCUGCUGAUGGCAACUGAUGAGUUGGAGAGGUCAGAUGGAGAGAUCAAGUAAAGUGUAACUAUUGCAACCAGACACUUUAGCUAGCUAUCCCUAAUGUUACUUAGCACCAUUUUGAAUUGGCUAUUCCUAUGUCACCUCACAUUAGCAUGCAUUGACAUUCACACGCUUCUCCGUCUGACAUGUAUCUCACGAAAACACAUGUCCAUGAAUUGUGAUGAAUGCUACAGUACUUGCCAUCUCGUAUAACAUGUUUAUAAGGCCAUAUUUGACUCUUAGUGUUUAGGUUUUCUUUUCAUGUCUUGUCUUUGAACAUAACCACAAAAAAAAAAGAUGCAAUACAACAAUUCAAUGCUAAAAGCAGCAGUAUGCUCUUUAAAAACAUCUCAUAGAACACAGAAAGGAUGUAAAGCACACAAUAUCCAACUUGUAUAUUUUGUUUCCAGUGGGUUUUCUCUGAUUAUUCACUCCCCGAAUAUGAAUCUAGCCAUUUCCUCCCUGUUGGAUGUGGAGGUUUCAGCUCAGCCUUUAGUUUAGUGCCAUGUACUGUACUGUAGCUAUAGGGUGCAUACUAGUAGUCUACUGUUGCUUCCUCCCCCCCUUUUCACCUUUCCUACAUUCACACAGAUAUGAAAGACCUAGACUGGUUAAAAGAGGCAUCCAUCCACCAUAUUGCUUUCACACGUCCUCUCUGUCCAGAUCAUUUCAGGUCAAGACGAUGAGUUGAGCCGAGGAAGUCCCUUUAGAGUAUUGAGAUGCAUCCCUGGUCCCGUUCUUCACUUCAACGCCUCUCCAUAGGCUUAAUACCUGUUUAAGGUUGCUAGUCGUUAUUUGAAGUUGGACGUUUGUACCUGACGGAAUGUACCAUGGGUGAAUUGGCUUGUUUUAACACAAAGUAAAAAUGGUCUUGUCUCUAAAAUGAAGUGAAAGGUGUAAUUUGUUCCACGAUGCACCUGGCUACAGUGACUGACAGUGAUGUGUUUCAGGGUUAUUGGUUAACAGUGACAGUACCUCUUCGUCUUGGUUUCUUUGCCUGAGAAUAGGAGUCUCUCACCUUAUGCUGAACAGGCCUGGUUGUGUUGGGUUUUAUGUGUGUGGGUUCAGAGAAGGCUGGUGCCAGUCUGUUUCUGCUCAAUGUUUAGAUUGACAAUGGAGUUGGCAAAAGCGCAAACCGAUCGGGGACCAGGCCAGGUUCAGAGUACAGUGAAACAGAGAGAACUCACAUCAUGACUGUCUGCUGGAAUUAUCUCAGCCUUUAUUUAUUUUUAUUUAUUUUUUUUAUGUAAAAAAAAAAUCAUUUUUGUUUCAGUUUCAUGUUAAUAAUACACCUGCUUUGUGGGAGAAUAUACACAUUCCUGAUGAAAAGGAAUUAGUACUAAGAAACGGAGCUCUAUGUACUAGUUGUUUUUAAGCCUUUCAGAUAGGAUCUUGUACAUAGCGACUUUCAACCAAAACAACUCUCCUGAAUAUCAGGCCUGAUGAAUAUGGCUAUUCUUUUAAUACAAAACUACACACACUUUUCCUACAGCGGCUGUCUGCAGCCGUAACGAGCUGUUAUGAGGGCCGGGAUGUUAUCCUUGUAGCAGUCUUCUGAAUGCAUUGUGAUAAAGUGUAUGUCAUUCUUAUGGUGUGUGUGUGGGUGGGGGGGGUGGCUUGUCUGUGUCUCUGUCUGCUGUGAGCGAAGGUGUGAUUUUGGAUGAGUGGGUGUUGCGUCGUUCCCAGUGGUUAGUACCUUCUGAAAUAUGGUGCGCAAUUCUCAGUUCUGAAAUACAGCUGCAGUUGAGAAGCUCAAAACUGUUAAGUUUCCUCGCUCUCUUAAUACAUUAUCCAGAGUGACUUGCAGGAGAAUUUAGGGCACAUUGACUGAUUUUUCACUUUGUUGGCUCGGAUUCGAACAAACAACCUUUCGGUUACUGGCCCAGUGCUCUUAACUACUAGGCUACCUGCUGUAUUCAUACAUAAAAUACAUGAAACCAGGCUGACCAAUUGCCUAAUGAAAGACCAAUAAGGCCACAUGAACAUAUUAAAUAUAUAGUUUCAUAUUGGCACAUGUUUAAAUAUUUCCAUCAUGGUUCAUGAUGCAGUGAACUACAGUAAACCAAUCUCUGCUCCAUGAUCCCAGCAUAAGGAGGAGAGUGAUCCUCAAAACUAUUGAAUCAAACCUCCAACCUGCUGUUGGUGGAGCUUCCACGGACAAGCGACAUGGUGAGCCAGUUGAACUAAAGGCCACAGUGUGAAUGUACAACAACAACAAAAACAACGUCUGAUCUUUGCAAUUUCUUCUUUUGAACUAUUUUUUGAUUUCAGUUGAUGUGGUCGACGAGGUGGGACAAAACAUAAAGUCCAGGUGUCUCUGUCAUCAUGAGGACCCGUGUGUCUUUAAUUCAUGUAUCUUCAUUUUCUGUCCUGUCAGUGACCACUCUGUAUGUGUCUCUAUUGUUAUCUUGAGAUGAAGAAUAAAAUAAAACUGUCCCACUCUGUAAACCCAA